AUCCACGCCAGGGUUGUUUAGGAGGGUGACCUUGAAGGACAUGAAAGCACUGAGGGGGAAAGACAGAGAAAACAAAGACAGAGAGAAGCUAAGAGAGCCAGGGAGCAGCUUGAGACAUGGAGAGGGAGGGAGAGGAGUAGGAGGGAAGGCGACAGACACAACUCAGGAGCAGGAGAGGAAGCUAAGUUACAGAGACAACACGCUGAGAGAGCAGAGGAGACCCUCCAGGCAAGGGCAGUCUCCUAGCAGGGGCAGGCUGGGGGCCUCCACUGCCUGCGGGUCAGGCUGGUGAAUCUGGUCACGGUUCCGCCCCCCAGAUUCACUCCCUAGGUGUGUUUGUUUCCUGGUUCCUCCCUGUCUUGUUCAAAUGUUCCAACUUUACAAAUCCCGGGAUCUCAGGAUGCAGAUCACCUCUCCCCAAUUCCUGACCCUGCGUUUGGCCAUGGGCACCUCCAACAUCUUCCUCUGUGUCCUGUUCCUCUGUGGUGCACUGGGUCUCACCAUGUCCCCUGCCCGGGGAAGGCUCCGCUGUUACACCUGCAGCUUGGCCAAAUCCUGCUACCCUGUUCCCACCAAGUGUCAGGACGAUGAAUCUUGCAGCAUCAGUAUCGGCACCUCAGGUAGGGCUCUGGUCCAAUGGCCCUUCUCCAGGCGGCUCCCUACCUCCAUCCAUCCCGCCUUUCCUGUGGCCCCCGCCUCAGCAUGCCUCCUUCAUCCCACAGAUCAGAGUGAGAUCAUCGAGCGAAAAGGCUACCUCCCAAGGGCCCAGUGCCCUCUGCCGAGCCAUGCCACCUACUGGCUGCACUCCUACAUUCUGCGGCACCACUGCUGCUAGCAGGACCUGUGCAACAUGGCCGCUUCCCCAUGGCAGCUCACCAGCCUCCUUUCCUCCCUGCCCCACCUUGUGGCCAGCUUCGCCGGGA